AUGGCUCCUUGGUCGUCGCAACGUCAUGCUCCACCUCCUCGCCCUCCUACUCUCCGUCAAACUUCCGCCGACCUUGUCUCCCGAAUACACAGCCCCUCGCACACUGCACCACCUGGCCAGCUGGGACGACUGCCCGACAGCUAUGCGAUUUUGGAUAACUCCCACCUCCAAGCCGACUCGAGCUCUUCCGAAUCCGAUUUCCACCCAAGACGUCCGCGCCGUCCGACACAUUCCCGCUCCAUGAGCCACCCAUUCCCCUCGCUAUUCUCCAGCAAGAAGAAGCGUCCCGACACCUCCCAUGACACCGAUUCCGAAGACGAUGCGCCCGUCAUGACGAAGCCGCCCGGCAACAACACUAACGCCACACAUAAGAGGGGAGGCACCAGCAAUGGCAGCAGGGACUUUGCGACUGGCAAUUGCAUGACCUGCGGCUCUCUCGUGCGCUGGCCACGCGAGCUGAAGGUCUUCAAAUGCACAGUCUGUGUGACCAUCAACGACAUCCACCCGGACCAGCUACCCGCCAGAUCCAACAGCGGCCCCAAAUGGCUACAGCGCCCGUCCCAAGAGUCGACCUCGCCUCAGAAACAAACAACACGUCCAGCAGAACGAUAUGACACCAGGCCUAUUUCACUCGACCAGACCAAGAGACUGAUCCGGCAAUCCAUCCAUGCACAUCUAGCGAGGGCGAUUAGGAGGUCCUCGAGCUCAGAGGAUGAACAGCGCGAGGUCGCCGCCGAGAGGCACGCAACCCCCCGUCCGUUUCGGGAACAGAGUGAACGACCUUGCACUUCGAGGACGACAGGAGGUCCACAGCACAGGCGGGAGAAAAGCCAAGGUAACGGCACUGGCUACCUCUUCCCAGAGCAGCCUACGCUCCGUCCAAAUCCCAACGUGCAUCCGCUGCGUCUGCCCCCAACGGUCCGGUCGUUUUCGUCCUCUUACCCCGAGAGACCCUCCAUGCGCCAGCUCACUGCAGACGCCAGUGCUCCACAACCCCCGGGCCCCAGAUUCUUGGAUGCUGAUGAUCCGAAGAGGAUAUUCAGGCCGUUGGAAGACUACAUUACCACCUGCUUCAGUUCGUUCCACUGCGUCAACUCUUCGUUCCUGUCUCGUCGGCCCGUCAUAUCUACCCGCUCAGGGAGCGAGUCGGCCUCACGGCGGCCCCCUAUCCCCAGGCCCGAGCCCAAGUUUGCAGAGCAACAUUCCGAAUCUCCCGUAUGUGACCUCGACCCUAAGCUUCUGUUACUCGGUGACUUCGCCGAGAAUGGAACGUGGUGGACCGGGAAUCAAAGCCAGGGAGGGACACGCCACAAGCGAUCGGCCUCACAGCGGAUUGAGGAUGCCCCUUCAUUCAUCACGUCUCGCUCGCCACAGGUGGAGUGGAAUCAAGUUACGGAGUGGUACCGAUCGGUGAUCAAUGCCGCGGAAUCAUGGAUGUCCAUAUAUGAGGAGAUGACCCGAGAUUCGGAGGCAGACCCUCUAUCAGCAACAGAGCUCCGAGCCAUCGAGUCCCAAUUGCUAUUCGGCCAAGACCAUACCCACAGGACCCUAUUGAAAGCCAUCGAAACACUACUCAAGCGCCCUGGGCGGCCGAUGACUGAUCCAGAAGACUUGAGAUAUCUUCUCAUCAUCCUGGAGAACCCGCUGCUCUACGGAGAGUCGAAUGCCUUCCAAGGCCGAGGAAACAAUAACAGACGUCCGUCGGUGAAACGCGACGAGAUUCUGAGGGAAGACAGAUCGACCUUGAAAACUGGUCCUGUUUCUGGACAACAUUCCGUCAUUAUCAAGCGAAUCCUCGGCUUAAUUUCGAAUUCAUCGACUUCAUGUCAGAACCACUUAACCACUUGGUUUGCGCGGUUUUCCGAGUCCAGAUUCAUCAAGAUCAAGGACCUUGCCGCUGGGUUCCUGACUUAUAGACUUAUUCGCCAGAAUGAGAAGAAACACGAGGUUAGAGUUGACAUAACAGCCGGGCUGAUCCCGAACAUGAGUGCCGGACAUUCAGCAGCCUCGCUGCACGCAGCGCUGGGCACGCAGCGUAGCUCAUCAAAGCAACAGAAGGAGCAACCGAAAAAGAUGGUAUAUAAUGAAGACUGGCAAGUCCGGGCCGCCGCCAGAGUUCUUUCUCUAGUGUUUGCGGCAAAUAACAUGACGCACAUUCGGCGCCCGGAUCAGACGGGAAAUAUGAGUAGCAGUACUCACAGGGGAGGCAUACAGGCGCAUGGGCAAAUCAUCCCUACAAGUGACUUUUACAACACCAUGAUUGACUACACCGACUUGGUAGCCGAGUUCGAGGCUUGGGAGUCGAAGAGGGGAAAGUUCUCGUUCUGCCAGUAUCCGUUCCUGUUGAGCAUGUGGGCCAAAUCCCAGAUACUGGAGCAUGACGCACGAAGGCAACAGAUGACCAAGGCACGGGACGCCUUUUUCGACAGCAUCAUGACAAGGAGGAACGUUACGCAAUUCUUGGUGCUUGAUGUUCGAAGAGAGUGCCUGGUUGACGAUAGUUUGAAGGCUGUGAGUGAAGUCAUUGGAAGCGGGAGCGAAGACAUCAAGAAGGGGUUGCGCAUCGUUUUCAAAGGCGAGGAGGGCCUCGAUGCAGGUGGUUUGAAGAAAGAAUGGUUUCUUCUCCUCGUCCGUGAGGUGUUCAACCCCGAGCAUGGCAUGUUUAUCUACGACGAGGACUCUCAGUUCUGCUAUUUCAACCCCAACGCCUUUGAAACUUCUGACCAGUUCUUCCUAGUUGGCGUUGUAAUGGGUCUGGCGAUCUACAACUCCACCAUUCUCGAUGUGGCGCUGCCGCCAUUUGCCUUCCGAAAGCUUCUUGCUUCCGCUCCUAGCUCGCUGUCAGGUUCAUCUGCCCAUCCUCGACCAACCAUGAACUACACACUGGAGGACCUGGCUGAGUAUCGCCCGCGUCUAGCGAGUGGUCUCAAGCAGCUUCUUGAGUAUGAUGGUGACGUUGAGGCGACCUUCCAGCUGGACUUUGUCGUGGACAUUGAGAAGUACGGAACUGUGAUGCAGGUCCCGCUGUGCCCAGGAGGAGAAAGGAAGCCAGUCACCAACGCAAACAGAGCGGAGUACGUCUCACUAUACGUCAGGUACCUACUCGAAACGGCUGUCGCCCGACAGUUUGAGCCCUUCAAACGCGGUUUUUAUACUGUAUGUGGCGGCAACGCACUGUCACUGUUUCGACCUGAGGAGAUUGAAUUGCUUGUGCGAGGCUCAGAUACGGCACUCGAUGUGGACGCAUUGAGAGGCGUGGCUGAGUACGACAACUGGGGUUCGAAGAAUCCUGAUGGGGUAGAGCCAGUCAUAGGAUGGUUCUGGGAUGCCUUCAAGAGUGCGACCCCCGAUGAGCAAAGGAAGCUUCUCUCCUUCAUCACCGGUACCGACAGAGUGCCGGCUAUGGGUGCUGCUCUUCUUCCGAUCAAGAUUACAUGUUUAGGCGAUGAUGAGAACAGGUAUCCCAUCGCUCGAACAUGCUUCAACAUGUUGGCCCUACGUCGUUACGGGUCGAGGGAGAGACUAGAGCACAUGCUAUGGACUGCCGUGCACGAGAGCGAAGGCUUUGGUUUGAAAUAA